GAAUGCACGACCGCUGGCUAGUCGGUGAUUGACAGAACUACAACUCCCAGCAUCACUUGAAAGCAGCCUGGGAGGAGGCGCGGUUGUCCCCGUUGUUGCCGAAGUGUAGGCCUCAGCUGAAAAAAAUGCUGCUAGCACCCCAGGAAGGGUUGGCCUCUAAGAAGAGAAUGAAGCCGAGUCGCUGGCAACGGUUCUCAAGGAAGCUGAAUCCCAAGACGUCGUUUGACCCUGACAGUGUUGGGCACUGGAUUAAGAGAGUGGAGAAAGCUUCAGAAUUUGCCAUUUCGAAUACAUAUUCCGCCACAAGUGCAUAUUUACCUGGAAGGCUUUGGCAACAUGCAGUAGAUCUGGAAACAUGUGAACAAGCAGAGUAUCAUAAUGACGUCUAUGAAGAAGCUCAGGAGCUAGUCAGUGACUGGCUAAACAACAAACUUAAGCAAGAAUUAGCAAGUGAUGGAGAAGGGGAAAACACUGCACCAAGCAGUGUUCUAGACACCCAUGGCCAUUUGAAGUAUGACAAGUUUGAUGAUUUAUGUGGCUAUUUGGAGGAAGAAGAGGAAAGUGCCAGUGUUCAAAAAUUUAUAGAGCAUCUGCUCCAUAAAGAAGUGGUGGAUUCUAAGAUGAUGGAAGAGCUUGGAAUGAAGGAAAACCAAGGCAAGAGGCAGCAGAAGGAUCCUCGUCUUACCAUGGAGAUGAGACAUAAGCAGGUCAAAGAAAAUCGCUUAAGACGUGAGAAACAACUGGAGUUCCAGGGAAUGGAAAAUGCCCUGAAAAAAGCAGCUUUCUUGGAGGCUCAGUGCCUAGUUCAAGAAGAAAAGAGAAGGAAGGCUGUACAGGCCAAGAAAGAGAAGGAGGGGAUUCAGAGAGAGAUGAUAAAGCUGCGGAGGGAGAUAAUUGAAAGAAGACACACUGUGGAAGAAGCAUGGAAAAUAGAAAAGAAAAGGCAAGAAGAAAAUUCUCAGAGGAAUCCAGAGGAAAAAAUGACGGAAAGUGCUCACAUACAUCAGGGUGAGGAAAAAGUUGAAAAAGAAAGAAAAAGAAAACUGAGGGAAAUACUAAUCCGGACUUUCAAGGAAAAUCACCAGUGUCAAAAACGGUAUUUUUCUGCCUGGCAUAAGCUGAUACUGGAUCAUAGGAUUAAGCUGGGGAAAGCAGGGACCCUGUCUGACUGGAAGCUUCAACUGAAGGUUCUGCGAGCCUGGAGAGACCACACACGAUCCCAGAAGUUGGAGCGGGAGACUCAAGCCUUGGAAAAUGACCUUAGGGAGGAGAACAGAAAACAACAGCUGGCUACUGAGUUUAACCGGAAACAAGUUCUUCGAUACUGCUUUGCUGAAUGGCAGCGUUGGCAUGCUUCAGAAGUUAUAAAGAGGGAGGUGGCUGUAGCAAAAGAGCAAACGAGGAAGAAAAUGGAAGAACUGCUGAAGGCAGCCUCCCUUGGGAAACUCAGUUCUAAUGGGUCAUCAGGUCUCCAUCUUCUUACUGAGGCAUCAGCCGUGGUGGACCUGCCAGUAGGAAGUGGAGAGGUCUCUCUCAUGUCCCCUUUGUGGGAAAAGCCACCUCUGGAGAGCAAUGGUUAUACCCUCAACCAUUCGCUAGGAAUAACAACGAAGGGUAAUUCUCAGGGUCCUCUCCCAAAUGUCUCUGGGAGCACACCUGGCCCCAAGCAGCCCCCACCUCCAGGUGCUGAGACCUCCGAACAGCCUGGGAGCCAUGAAAAACCUGGGGCCACUAGCCAGGUAACAGAACCAGUUUGUGUGGGGCAUUUCCACUGCCACCAUGUCUACCAGCAACAGCUGAUUGAGAAGCAAAGGAAGAAACUUGAGGAACAGCAGAAAACCAUUCAGAAGCUGAAGAAAAACCAGAGGUUGGCAGAGGCACGGUGGGCAGCUGAGCGGGCCGCAGCAGGCACAGAAGCACAGGGCUGCCUUCAGCCAAAGCCCAGAGGAGCAGCAGAGCCCCAGGGAACCUGCCAGAGGCUUCUGAAGUGUGAAGAUAGAACUGAUUCCAGAAAUUCUCUUUCUGCAUCUAAAAGGACCCCAAUGAAGCCGACAGCACCCCAUCCCUUCCUGAAAGCCAUGGAAGAGAGAGCAAUUCAACGAGCUGAACGUAGGCGGAUCUUGGCAGAAAGGAAGAAAAAACAAGAAGAAGACAAAUUGGCUCAGCUAAAGGCCCAAGAAGAAGAACGCCAAAAGAAGGAAGCAGAAGAAAAGGAAGCUCAGCUGGAGAGAAGACGAGAGGAAAAGAGGCUGAAGAAGAUGAAAGAACUAGAGAAACAGAAGAGAAUUAAAAGAAAUCAAGAGUUGGAAGCAGUAGCCAAAGAUCACUAUGAAAAGAUCUUGCUAAAGAAAAAAGGCCUGGAGCCCUGGAAGAAACUGAGAAUGCAAAGCAAGCAAAACACUGAGAUAGCAGAAGAACAUCACUCUCUGGCUCUACAAAGAAAAUGCCUGCUCAGCUGGUUCCAGUGUAGCCAGGAAAGUCUGGCUAUGAAGACAGCCAAGGCUGAUCAGUUUUAUUCCCAACUAUUGUGUAGAAAAGUCUUCCAAAGCUGGCUCCAGUAUAUCAAUGAUCUGGAGAAAGAAGUCAGAAAACUCUUCACCCACUUACUACUAAAGAAGGUUUUCAGGGCCUGGUUGACCUUGGUCAGGGAGCUGAGAAUUGAGUCUCAGAGAAAGCUUGAGACUGCAGGAGAACACUGUGACAGGAAGAUUCUCAGUGCCACACUCCAGACAUGGAAGGCAUUUGUAAAACUUUCCAAAGAAGAACGAGUAAAGGAAGAACGGCGAGACCAGCUCCGCCGGAAGGUCACCGAAAUCCUUCCAGACUUCCAGGCACUAGCACCAUUGUGAUGGCUGCAUACCAGUAGCUAACUACUUGUCCUCCAAAGAAGUCUUUGGUGAUGGGAUGUGUUGUCUCCACCCACACACCUACCUGAGCCUCGUUUACUUUCUAGAUGUGUCAUAAACCAGUAGAAUUAUCUUGGGAAUUUAUUUUUCCAUCUUGAUCUUUCCUAGCUUGUUAGGCAUCUGUUGUAAUGUCUCAUAGUGGGGUCACUCAAAAGCAGAAUAGAGCACAACCGUUGAGUGUAUUAGAUAUAUUUUUAGCAUAAUAAACUUUUAAAAGAAUGAGUGUUUGCCUGCCUGGACUGGACUUGUGAAAGCAAUUGUGUCCUUAUCGCUUCCUAUGAGCUGCUUGUAAAUGUAACGUUGGACAGAAACAGAAAGCAGUGAGGAUGGAAAAAGAGCAUGACUGGCCAGUGUUCUUGACCACAGCAUGAGUGACGGGUGUCCAACAGGCCCUAUUCCAUCCACUGGCAAAGCAUGAUUAAAGGGUUCUCUACAGAGCUGCAGCCAGGUGCAGGGGUUUACCCUGACUUCCAAGCAGCUAGGACACCCAAGCACCUUGACAAGCAUGAAGAAGCCAACAGCUAAUAACAGCUCCAGCAAGAACCAGCCAGCCCCUCAUCAAAAUGCCUAGCCAUGCUCCCAACUGCAGCUUCUAAGUAAUCCAUCUGCUCUGUCUGCUUGGCCUGGCAACUUAUACUGAAUUCAAAGAAUGUUCUAAUAUUUAGGAUUCUAUAAAGACUUAUCAAAUGUUCCCUUCUGUGAACUUUUUUACACAGAAUCAUCUGCUAGGAAUUUUUUUUCCAUUAUAAAACAUAUCUUUAUUGUGACAAAGUCAAAUAGUCCACGAAUGUACACAGUAAGAUGAGAAAGAGCCUGGUAGCCCAGAACUUCUGAAUUGGUGAAAUAAAGCUG